CUUAUUACUCUACGACAAUUUUUUUUAUAGUAGAUAAAACAUGAAAAUAAUUCUAACUUCACUUGUAAUUUCUCUAUUUUUCGUAUGGGUAAGUUUUUUUCAUACAAAAUGUCCAUACAAAAAAAUAGUAAAAACCCUGUUCAACAGACGGUCACCUCAACAAUGAAAGAGGAUUCCUAUCGAUUUGACAUUGAAUCCAAGGACAAGGAUCCAAUGUCCUUAAUUCUCGAGGAAAUUUGGAUCCUUGAAGGAAUUAAAUGUCGCGCUGGCUAUUACAACAUGUCCGACGAGCUGGUCGACGCUAUUUAUCAUUGUGCCAAAAUUGAACAUACCAAAGUUACUAGGAAAAAGUUCUCGGAUGAAAGAGUUCAAUUCGGAGGAGCCACGCCGUUUUUGUGCCUCCGAAGCUGCAUGUUACAAAAUGGAGGAUUUAUACCAAAAUCUGGCAUUGGAUUGAAUGAAACUGCACUUUUUGGUCUUUUUAAACAAGAAAUGACACUGCCUGGUGGAGAAAGAAGCGCUUUUAAAUUAACAAAACAACUCAUGGAAUGCAGCCAUAGACACCCCACAAAAUUCCCGACGAAAUAUAAUAAUUGUACGGAAACGGAGGAUUUAUUUCGUUGCACGAGAUCUGUUAUGCUCGAUUGCAACGAGGACAAUCAUAAGUUUGAUAAAGAAUUCAUGGAAUAUUUGGCUCAUAAAAGUGAAGAUGAUUAAAUAUUUUUUGUGAAUUUACAAUAAAAUUACAUAAAAUUAUUUAAAGGAAAUCACAUUAUCAAUUGAUAAGUGCUUAUCUUGUGGUAUUCCCACUCAUGCCACUCAAAUCAUGAUUAAAUAAGGUGACAAAUUCCAAUACACUUCACACGAGUUUCAUAACCCAUCAUAAAUAAUCAAUUUAAAAAAUGUCGCCACAAAUUUUAAUUUUCUUCACUUUCCUGUUAACCACUCCCCUCAUAAUCACAGCACAGGAAACGAAUUUAUUAAUCAGCAUGUUUGCCACCGACCUCAACUCCUGCGACGACCUCUCUGCAUGUGACACUGUUGUCAAAAUAAUGUGUCAAUCUGGUUCGAGUGCGUGGACCCAGUGUGGAAUUACGCAAGAGGUUAAAGACGACAACUUUCCAGUUUUUCCAGAACGAUUUACAUUCACUCACAUCGCAAGAAAUGAUCAGCGUUGGCGAUUUGAGCUAAUUGACAAGGACGUGAUUAUUGAUGAUCCGAUCGGAUCCGUUACCAUCAGUUUCGACGACUUCAUCAAUGCUACACCCGUUUUUGGAACAAUGAGAUUUACGUUGGAUAAUGGAAGGGGCAAUUUCUUUGUUCAUCGGAGGGAGGUUUAAGGAUUUUUGGUUAUUUUUUGUGAAUCUGUUUAAGUUUUAUGCAAUUAUUCAAUGUUUUGUAAUUUGUGGAUUUAAGAAAAAUUCCAUCCUGACUUUGUAGUUUUGCUGGAUGAAUAAAUUUAUGAAUUUGCAAAAUGAG